AUGGCAUCGAUGCCUAUACGCCAAAAUCAACCCGCAAAGUCACCUCCGCAGACCCCACAGCAUCAAUUGCGCUCGAACAACAACUCCUUCGCCAGCACCUCAUCAGGCUCUACAUACCGCGUCGAAGAAGAUGCGAUAAUAUUUGAACUUGGCUCCCGAUGGCUCCGGGCCGGAUUCGAGGGUGAGAGCGAACCGAAAUGCGUGCUAGGAUUUGGUCCGGAUGAGUCGCGGAGGGCCGGAGACUACAGACAGUGGCUGAAGGGUACCCCUGUAGCAGACGACACACUGCCGCAACCACCAGCAAAGCCGGAUGACUGGACGAGACCAUACGAGCUGUGGAGGAUGGAUCUACGCGACCUGCAUAUCGGACUGGUAGAAGAUAAGAUUGAGAGGAUGUUCCGGGAAGCGUACAAUAAGUACUUAUUGACAGACGCGGGCUCGGCACGAAUGGUUCUCGUUUUGCCGUCUGUGAUUCCGCAUCCUCUGCUGUCCUCGCUCCUGACGACAUUGUUUAACCGGUGGAGGACACCCAGUAUCUCGUUGUUGACGAGUGCUGCGAUGGCCGCGACGGCAGCUGGACUGCGGUCGGCCUUGGUGGUGGAUAUUGGCUGGGCGGAGACGAUCGUGACUGGAAUCUAUGAAUACCGUGAAGUUGCGACGAAAAGGAGUACAAGAGGAAUGAGGUCAUUGAUACAAGAGACGGGUCUGAUGUUCUCGCGGCUCUUGGGCGGAGAUUCGCAGUCCGACACGAUUUCAGUGGAUUUUGAGUUUUGUGAAGAGGUCGCCAGUCGGUUCCUGUGGUGCAAGCCUUCAAAGUCUAGCAGGCAGGAAACAGGCGAUUUGAUGGCGGACAUUCUAGACAAGCCCGUGUCUAUACCAUCUCCGUCAAACCCCGGAUCUUUUGACAUUGAGCUCCCAUUCUCUAAGCUUACGGAGCCAGUGGAAAAGGUUCUCUUCGCCCAAGGCGUGCCUGAUAGCGACCUAGACGACGAGGAAAAGCCGAUUUCGCUAUUGGUAUACAACGCACUCUUAAACCUCCCGCCCGACGCGCGCGGUAUAUGCAUGUCGCGCAUCGUCUUUGUGGGCGGCGGAGCCAACAUCGCAGGCGUCCGCAGCCGGAUCCUUGACGAAGUCGCCUACUUAAUCGAGCAGUACGGCUGGAGUCCAGUCCGCGGCAGAGUCAUCGACCAACAAACCCAGAAACUGCAGAACCUCAAGCUAUCACAAGCAGCAACAACCCGCGAAACCUCCGAAAGCCAACCCAAAACCAAACCCGAACCCACAACCGAUACGGAUUCUGAAACCGCAGACGAAGCGGACUCUGCAGAAGCAGGUCCAGACACACCCGCAUCAGAAGAACCAGAGGUCGAAAUCGACCCAAUCGAACAGAAGGUUAUCCGCACGCGCGAGAAAGACAUCCCACCCGUUCAAGGCAUCCUCCGGGAAGUCGAGUCGCUUGGUCCUUGGGCAGGCGCUAGUCUAGUUACUGGCCUCAAGGUCCGCGGAUUGGUGGAGAUUGAGCGCGAAAAGUACCUCCAACAUGGCCUUGCGGGCGCUAGUCGAGACUUGGACCAUGGCCACCAUAGAGAUAGGGAGCAUGGAAUUCCGGACCGGAGGUCUUUGAGGGCGGGCGAUCGGUCCAGCUGGACUUUGGCGGGGUGGGGGUAA